AUGGAUCAAGUUAAUCUAACAGAUACAAAUAUUAUUAAAUUUACUAUGUCAACAACAAUUGAUAAUAAUGAAAAUAUAUGGAAUAAUAUCAAAUCAUUUUUUAAUCCUCAAAAUUCUAUGAUAAUAAUAGCUAUUAUUUGUCUAAUGUUUUUUUUUCUAACAUUAUGUCUUGUAUUUAUUAUAAUUCAAUUAUUAAAAAAGAAACGUUUAUAUAAAAAUCAAACAAAAUCAACAACAAAUAAUUAUCCAAAAUUAGAUCAUCAUUUAAAUAUUCCAUUAUCUCCAAAUCAAAUAGCAUCAUUAGGAACAAUUAUUUCAACAAAUAAAGAUAUUAAAAUUCAAGAAUCAUCAUCAUCAUCACCACCACCAACAACAACAACAACAAUCAUUCCUAUAUCAUCAGCAUAUGAAAGUAAUAAAACACAAUCAUUUGAUAAUUUUGAAAAUGAACUUAAACGAACAUGUCAAGAAAAAGGUAUUACAUCAUCACAUACAACUAAUAUAUCAUCAAUUAAUGAUGAUGAAGUUGAAACAGUUAAUGAAGUUCUUGGAAUGGAAGAACGUAAUGGAAAAGUUUAUUAUAAAGUUAAUUUUACUGGUCAUCCAUUAGAUUAUACUGCAUGGGUUUGUGAAGAAGACUUAAUACCUGAAUAA